AUGGGAACAUUGCUUCAUGAGCAGCUCAGUGACGAUCCUGAAGGCUCCUUCGUACCCCCCGAGUUUGACAACACAGGCAGCACGUUCGAGGGCCACGUUUAUUCCCUGGGUUCGACGCUUUCCGCCGCGCUGACCUUUGUCAUCGAGCCGGAGCUGGAGGCUGAGCUGGGAGAGGAGAUGCAGAAGCUGCUGGAGCAGAUGCAGGAGGAGAAUCCUGAGAACAGGCCGCUGCUGCAGGACAUCUUGUCUCUGGCCGCAGCGCGUCUGUCUAAUACCUCCUCCACCGCCGUGUGCCGCAAACUGUCGUCCGUCGGCCGCCGGGUGCUUUCCAUCGAGUCGGUUUCGAACGCUCAAGAUGGACAGGCCUGCUCCUGGGAGGCCAGGUGGCAGCAUCCCAAGCCCAGACGCCCGGCGAAGAGACUGAGCUCGGACGACGGCAGCAACCGCGUGCGCGGCGACAGUCCGGUCAGGGCUAAUGGCCUUUCCAGGCAGCAGUUAUGCGGGGCCUGGGAUUCCUCCCUCUGGGCUGAGGAUUUGGUCGGCGGUGGGGGAGACGGCAUGAUCCUGGCAGAUGAGAUGGACUUCACCUCUCACGGCAGCUCCCCAGUGAGGCGGAGGACUCAGCAGAGGCUCAACAGGGUCAGGGGCGCCCUGAACCGCUCCUGCUCGGUCCCGGACUCCAACAACCCGCCCUCCACCCCCCCCCCGACGCACGGAGACAUCAGCGUGCCUGUGAGCGACCUCACCGAGAUCGGAGCGGACGAACACAGCGGCGCGUGGAGCGACAGGUUUCAGAGGCUCGAUCGCGGGUGGUCCUGCGACUCGUACCCGCGCAGCAGCUCCGAGGGCUACGGGAGCGCGAGUGCGGAAAACCAGGCGACGCAAGUCGAGUAUGAUCCGGCAGAAACUUCAUGCAGCGAAGAAGCAAACAUCGAACUGGGCGCUGAAAACGGGUCGGAGCACUGCGUUCAGGAUUUAGUAUCUUCCUGUGCAUCCUGUCAGGACCUGGAAGCAAAGCAGGACUCGUCCGAGGACCAGAGCCCACUGAAUCACAGCCUCUACAUUCCUAAUAACCACAUGACCAAAAGCAUGCUGUGCCUGAAUGAGGAAUCUCAGGAUGAGUGGAUCUCUCUCAGAGACUUACUGGCUCGGUGUGGGCGGAGGCUGAUGAUUAACGAGCUGUGGGCUCUGUGUUAUACCUGCUUGUCCUCGCUGCAGACUUACAUUGACUUUCCAGCCUAUUUAUGCCUGGACACGGUGUACGUGGGCUGUGAGGGAGAAGUGAUCUUCCUGAAACCUAAACGCUUGGGAUCCCGAGAGGAUUUUUUUCUCGCACCCGAGUAUCAAGAACACAGAAUUGUCACUGAGAAGGUCUGCGUUUAUGGAGUCGCUGCUAUUCUCUGGGCUGCAGCCAAGUUUGGUUUAUCACCAAAUCAAAAGCUGGCCAUGCCUCGCAAGCUGAAGAGGCUCCUCCUGGAAAUGGCGAAGAGGACGCCUAUUGAGAGACCCACAAUUGUCGCGGCCAAGAAGAGCUGCCGUGAUUACUUAUCACACCAAGGGACUAGUGCUGAGACGGUCUGGAACGACCUCAUCGGCAGAGUUCACCCGCCAGCCUCGAAAUGUAGCGAUGCGGAAGAUUUGAGAGCAGUUGAAACUCCUCCAAGUUUAUGUGAAAAGCCUCCAGUAAACAGUGGCUUUGUGCCCAUGGCCACUGAGAGCCGACUGGCUCCUGUGCCUGGCCCUGUUCCCCACAGCUACCCAGUCAGCAGGGACGCCCAGCUCCCCGAUGCCUUCACGUCCACCUCCACACACUUCAGCCCCAUCGUCCUGACCAGUGAAGCAGGAGAGAGCCACAACAUCGGAGCCGUCAUCGACGGGACCCUGGAUGAAUUCCUUAAAAGCUGUGACCACAAGGAAGGGCUGGAUCUCCAUUACACGCCAGCCUCCAAACAGACCUACCCUUCGCAGCCUGACCCUGAUCUCCAUCUCCAUGCACAGAAGUCGCCCGUCCAUCAGACAGUUGUAGCCACAGUUUCCAGCUCUGCUUCUACUUUUCCUGAUGUGUCCCAUCUGGAGGUGUCUCUUUCACAGCCGUUGUCUUUUAACCUCAAUGGCUGCAGCGUUUUCAACAAUUACCUUUUUCGCCAGAAUCCUUCAACAGGGCGCCUUUCUUUGGUGCCGGUGCAGGUCCGGGCUCCCGACUUUCUUCCUGGGUUGGACAUUAACGUCUCCCUGAUUCCGCAGCCUCUGCAGGAACUGAUCACAGCCGGACAGAGCACAGGAGGUGCUCGUAUGAACUCUCUGAACGAACCCCGAGACUGUAGCCCACCGUUGAGUCCUUUCAGUGACAGAAAGCACAGUGUGUCUGAAGCUCCCGAAGGCGGAACAAAUCACAACCUGACACAAAGACUGAGUCGGUCGUCUCCAGUUUGUGUCUCCUCCAAGGUUCUCCCUGCCUUACAGGAGGUGAUUGACUUGCUCAAGGGAGAGUUUUCACUCAGUGGGUGUUUGGAAAACAAACAAGAGGACAUUUCCAUGGGGGAGUACAUCUUCUCCUUGAAGGACCUGGAUCACCGCACAUUCGCCAGAGUUGUGAAGGAGCGCUUCAGCCAUCUGUACUGGGAGGAGGACCUGCUGGGCGUGUUGCACUGCCUGGUCAACCACAGCCCGUCCACACUUGCCCCAUACUGUGCAUCUGAUGAGCAGCCUCCAUCAAAGGCUGCAGAAAGGGCGACACCCACCCCCCCCCUGGUGGCCGGAGCCUGCAGAGGGAGGGGGGGCGACCGCCUGCGCGGCCGCCUGGAUCUGAAUGGAAACGUCCACGCGUCCAGUCCCGCUGCCGAGGAGCCUUGGGAAGGAUCCGAGGCUCGGUCAGAUCCUGGAGGAGACGAGGCCGCGCCCGAAGAGGUGGAGUUGCGGUCGGAGCGUAGUGACCACUGUAUCGGCCACGGCGUGAGCACUGACGGUUCAGACGCAGGGGUCGUGGAGGGAGGAGAUCGCUCAGCGGGGGGCGGCCAUCAAAGCCCCUCUGAAGCCGGGUGUCCGUGGGGACGAGAGGAAGGACUGACGGGCGCCGGGGCUCAGCAGAUGAGCCCGGACUGUUCAGAGGACAUGGAGGACGGCGACGCCUUGGCGUCAGAGCGCCUCCUCUCGCCUGGAACCAGAGCUGAGGGACCGGGCCUGGGCCUCGGACCGGCAUGGGCCUUGGCUUUCUACGGAGAGGAGUGCUUCGGUCCGGAGGUGGUGCAGUACUCAGUGAACCUGGGGCAGCACACGGGAUCUCCAUGUCUGGAAGUGAAAGCCCAGGAACUGCAGCAGCAGCUGAUAAUUGAAACAAGGAACCUGAGGAAAACGAGAAAUUUCUACCAGAAGCUGAUUCAACAGGAGAGAAAACAUAAAGGCUCAGAGAACAGACUCAUGGUGUCCAAGCUCAAGUCACAGCUCGACGAGCUCAGAUCCAAAGUGCUCUUUUUGGACUCUGUGAGGAGAUACUUGGAGAUUCUGAGCGUGGAGCAGUGGGGUUUGGAGGCCUCGCUGUUGCCUCGCUUGGCCGUCUGCGGCUCUCGGGACCUCCGAGCCUCUGAGGACCCCUCUGUUCUAAGCUUUGGCACCAGCAGAGGCCGGAGCGCUGUUCAGGCCGGGUCUCCUCUGGGCCUCAUGGCUCAUCUCUACGCCAGAAAUGCGGCCAUUGAAGGCUACAUCCAGCAGUUCCUGUACACCUACCGCUUCUUCUGCUCCCCCGAGCAGUUACUGCAGUUCAUAAUGGAGAGAUUCAUCACUUCCGCCAGGGAAGGCGCAGACAUGUCAGCAGACAGUGAAAAGAUCUUCCAUCGCAGCUUAGACCUGCUCUGCUUCUGGAUAACAGACUGUAAGAGUGUGGACUUCCCACCAAAGUCCAGGCUGACGGAGCUGUUGGAAAACUUCCUCACCACCGAGGUGAUUCCCGUAGACGCGCGCGGGGACAAACUUCUCGCCGCGCUCCACAGCCCUUUGCGUUGUGUUUGGAGCGAGGAACAGAGCGAAUCUGCGUGCUUGCAUUCAUCUCCCGAGGAGCUCGGAAGAAAGUGGAGGAUCUCCAAAGUGGUGGAGCCGCCUGUGUCAGUGCACAAAGACAAAGCCUUCUCCGUAGCUGCGGCGCUGCCUGUGCCCUGCUACGGCUCCCUGCUGGGAGACCUGCACAGUGAGGAGCGACGGCCCUUCAGCCAACAUGAAGCCAGCUCACAGCACGUCGCCCAGCAGCUCACCCUCCUGCAGCAGGAAAUGUUCCAGGGAUGUCAUCCAGUGCACUUUCUGAACUCCAGAGUUCGAGGAAUCGGGGACAAGGUCUCAACCCUAAACAACAGGAACGUGUCCUGCCACAUCUUACCAGCAGGGGGCAGCAGUGGGCUCGGGUGCGAGGGCACGCCGUCAGACAGCUCCCUCCAGCAGCUGCUCACAUAUGCUGAGAGCGUCACUAACUGGAUCUCGACUGAAAUAAUCAUCUGCGACUCCAUCAAGGCACAAGUGGCUCUGCUGACCAAGUACCUGUGGAUAGGCAAACACUGCUACGAGUCCAGGAACUUCGCCACCGCCAUGCAGGUCCUCGGAGGCCUGGACAACGGGAUUGUCAGGCAGCUACCAGCUUGGAAACAUCUGUCUUCCAAGGUGUGCGAGAUCCUGCAGGAGCUGCGAGCCGUGCAGGUGUUCCUGAAAAGCGAUGAUCUGUGUCUCAUGGGGGCAGAACCGGCGCCGAGGAGGCCCACGCUGCCGUCAGCGCACAUCCUGGCCAUGCACGUCCAGCAGCUGGAGAUCGGGGCCUUCACGUUCACCACAGGGGCCUACAAGUGGACCAAGCUCAGGAGAAUAGCGAAGGUGGUGAGCCAGGUCCACGCCUUCCAGGAGGCCUCGUUCGCCCACGGCCCGGACCGGGACCUGCAGGCCUACCUCCGGCGCCGCAUCGGCCGCCUCGCCGCCGCCGACCUCCGCCUCUCGGUCGCCGACGGCGACGCCGCCUUCCAGCUGACGGGCGAGCGACCCGCGCGGCGGAUCCAGGACGCGCUGAGGAGGGUGAGGGCCAACUUCCAGUGACCGCGGCCCAGACGACCUCUGGCGGCCCAGAACAAGGCACCGCCGCCGGGUCGGGCGGCGCCGUGGGGCCCGGGGCCGUGACUCCUCGACCCGCCGGGCGUCCCUGCUGUCACAUAUUCACCAGUAGUUACGUAACAGCCAGCUGAAACCGUGAACUGGGGUCUGAGGGUGCAGAGUCCAUUAAGAACAGGAGCUGGAUCCUGCCGCGGUCUGUUGCUCAGUCCAACGCUCACUGUCACCGAAUAGACGAACACAGCUUUGUUUUCCACUGGCAUCACUGACACGAGAGCUCAUGUUUGGACUGAAACAGAACCUGGAGUGCUCCAGAUACGGCUGCAUCAUCUGUGCUCUGCAUUUAGUGACUGCACCCGGCUGUGAAUGCGUUCGCAUGCUGAUGUUGAGCACUGCUCCAUCAAACGCCUCAUCCAGUCUCCUCGUGUCCCGUUAAUCUGCCUUUGUUUAUUGACUGAAGAUUUGCUGAACAAUGCACUGAUGACAUGCUUUGCUGAAACCGCAGCAGACUGUUAGUUCACCAGAUGAGGUUUAUUGCCGAAGGGAUAGCUGACAUUGAUUCCAUUCGCAGCCCAGUGUAGUGUAUCAUGGACGCUGCGCGGCGAAGGGCGGCGUGUUACCAUCACAGAGGACGUAAUGAGAUUCCGUCUGGCGCCGUUAUUGGAGGAACCGUUCCUCUCUGAGACACGUCAGCACCGGACGACGGAGGCGUGAGAGCGGCUGCAGGACUGGACCUGUCCAUGUGGCGGAACCGGGUCCCUCACACAGAACCGGCUGUCAACGAGAUUAGAUCAAGCCAUUUAUUUAGUGUGUUGUGAAGCAACGAACCAAAACAGGAUUAAGAGCUCAAAUCAUAUAAUUGGAAGGUAAUUAAACACAUUUCCUGAAGUAUUUAUUUUCAAGUACUUGACUUCUAUGACUUUAUACCUUUGCUCCUCAACAUUUCAGAGAUCAUUGUGCAUUUCGUCUGCUCACCUGCAUUCCUGUGACAAAACGGCUGCAUUUACACAUUCAGAGCAUUUGAUAAUAAACAUUUUAGAGAA